AUGCAUCCAAGCCACUCAGCCUUCUAUCUCAGGGAACUUGACAGUGUCAAGCCCCUCAACUAUAAUAUCCGAAUCUUCAAUAUAGAAUUCGGGGGAGAAUGGACCUACGAAGGGCGGGUGGUGAUCGAUGCGGAAGCAACGGAUCCUGCAAACCACGUCGUCAUCAAUGCCCGCGCCCUCGAGAUAUCUCGCGCUGAGGUGUCGUUCAAUGACCUCAAUAAAUCUUCCUCGACAUACUCGGCGACGUCAAUAGUCCUGGGUGAAAAGUCUCAGCAGGCUCGCAUAUCAUUCAAGGAAACCAUCCCAAAGGGACCCUUGAGAUUGGAUGUCUCAUUCAAAGGGAGCAUCGAUCAUUCCAUGGUCGGCUUUUGUCGUGCCAGAUAUGAGCCAGAGUCAGAUACCAGCGCCGCGGGUGUCAAGGUCGGCAAGUAUCACUGGCAAUUAACCACCCACUUUGAGCCCUGCGAUGCACGCAAGGCCUUUCCUUGUUUCGACGAGCCGCACUUGAAAGCGACCUUUGAGCUUGAACUGGAGAUCCCCGCAGAGUUGACGGCGCUAAGCAACAUGCCUGAGAAGUCGACGCGACUACUCGAGGGAGCUCAAACCGGCUUGAAGGCAGUGCGUUUCGAGAAGACGCCCAUCAUGAGCACCUACCUACUGUGCUGGGCCGUAGGUGACUUUGAAUACAUCGAAGCCCUGACAAAGCGAGAACACGCGGGCACGAGGCUUCCCGUGAGGAUCUACACGACCAAGGGACUGACCCAAUACGCCCACUUUGCACUCCGGGAUGCCUGCGACGCCCUCGACUUCUUCAGCGAGAGCUUUGGCGUCGACUACCCCCUCCCCAAGUGCGACCAGCUCGUCGUCCACGAGUUCAUCGGCGGCGCCAUGGAGAAUUGGGGCUUGAUCACCUACAAGCCGACCAAGAUCCUGUUUGAUCCGGCCACCUCGGACAACCGGCUCAUGUCCAAGGCCUCGUAUGUCAUUGCACACGAACUGGCUCAUCAGUGGUUCGGCAAUCUGGUCACCAUGAGCGGCUGGAAUGAAUUGUGGUUGAACGAGGGCUUUGCGACCUGGGCAGGCUACCUUGCCGUGGACCAUCUUCAUCCUGAUUGGAAUAUCUGGGGUCAAUUUGUGGGCGAAGCACUGGAAGAAGCAUUCACGCUGGACUCUCUGAAUUCGACACAUCCCAUCGAGUCACAAAUCCAAGGCAGCUCUCAAGUGCACCAGAUGUUCGACAGCAUUACAUACUGCAAGGGCAGCGCCGUGAUCCGCAUGCUGGCCGCGCACAUCGGCCAGGACGCCUUCCUGAACGGCAUCGCCGCUUACCUCAAAAGCCGCAUGUACCAGAACGCCACCUCCAACGACCUCUGGACAGCUCUGUCCGCGGCGUCGGGAGUAGAUGUGGCGAACAUCAUGGAUUCGUGGAUCCAUGAAGCCGGAUUUCCCAUUGUCACCGCAGCGCCGACUGCUGAUGGACUUCACCUGAAUCAAAAGCCCUUUCCCAGGCACGGCGUGCAGCAGAGGACUACGUGCUGGCACGUCCCUCUGGGACUGGAGGGGGAGACUUUGUCCACCGCAGAUCAUACCCUCACGACGGAGUCAGGCAUUAUCAAGCAGAACCUCUCUCUGGCAAAACUCAACAAGGAUCACGCCGGCUUCUAUCGCACUGACUAUCCCCAUAACCAUCUUCUGUCGCUGACGCACCUCUCGUCAGGGAUGUCCUCCGCCGACAAAGUCGGGAUUAUCACGGAUAUCACGUCGUUGGUUUUCGCCGGGGUGAGACCUGCGGGAGAGCUACUGUCGGUGAUGAGCGAGCUCCGGCACGAGAAAGAUUGCUUCGUGUGGUCACAGAUACGAAAGGCUGCGGUCGCGGUUGUCUCCUCCGUGUCUGACGACCCGCAAGUCGUCAAUGUUCUCAAGGCUCACAUCCGACGCCUGAUGGCGGGAGUCAAGUCUGAAAUCACCUGGACCGGAUGUGCGGACAGCUACGUCAAGGGCGAGCUGGAGAAGACUUUGAUCCAGCUCGCCGCUUUCGCCGACGACGACGAGGUCAUUGGUGAAGUCCAGCGGCGCUUCUCCCUGUGGCGGAACGGCGACAAGGACGCCAUCAACCGCAACCUCCAAACGCCCAUCUUCAACGUCUCCGUCGCCCGAGGCGGGGAAGAAGCAUACCGGGCCGUCAAGGCCGAGUACUUCCGCAACGAGACCAUCGAUGGCCGCGAACUCUGCAUCGCCGCGCUGGGGCGAACGAACCUCCCUGCCCUGACGCGCGACUACCUCGACAUGACAUUCCGGACCGAAGACCACGUCACGCUGCAAAACAUCCACUUUGUCGGCAUGGCCGUGGGCAACGGGCCCUGCGCCGAGGCCCUGUGGGAGUACGUCAAGGAGAACUGGGACGCCGUCUACGCGCGGCUGCGGAUCAACAGCAUCGUCUUUGAGUGGUUCGUCGACAACGCCCUCUCGGGCCUCGACAGCCUCGCGCUCGAUGCCGACAUUGCCCGCUUCUUCGCGGAGAAGGACCUGCCCGAGAUGGCGCAUCCGGUCGCCGUCGUGAGGGACAACAUUGCGCGGAACGCGGCGUUUAAAGCGCGCGUGGGGCCCGAGGUGGUGCAGUGGUUGAAGGAGAAUGGGCUGUUGGGAGCAGAGAGUUCGCGGUUAUAG